AUGGCUGCAUCAGGUUUGCCUUCAUUCACGGGGGAUUCGGGUCUGUGGCUUGCGCAGGUGGAAUCCCAUUUUGCCGCGCAUGCCAUUUCUCCACAGCAGCAGUUACAUCUGCUGUACUCAAGUUUGCCCUCCCGGCUCGCCACAUCGGUGAGGGAUCUCAUUAUGAGUCCCCACCCUGACGCCACAUAUGCGUCAGUAAAGGCAGAGAUCCUCCGCCGCAAAACGCGGUCGGAGGAGAGUCAGUUCAAUGAGCUGAUGGCCGACGAGCAGUUGGGGGACAGAACUCCAUCCCAGUUCCUGCGCCAUCUAAGGGAGCUCAGCGGCAACGCAGCGGACGUGCCGCUCUUACGAAAAAUAUUUUUUUCCAGGCUGCCUGCCCACGUGCAGACAAUGUUGGCCACGGCACUGGAGUCUGUGUCUGUGGACCAGAUCGCCACGAUGGCCGACAAAGUAUUAGAGUUUUCGCGACCAUCUCCCUCGCGGGGCCUGUACGCAUGUAUAGAGCCCCCUCUGACACCUCCGACGAACGAUAAACUAGCCGAGAAGAUCGAUGCGCUUACGCAGAGAAUCGAUGAUCUGUGCCGUUCGAUCGGGCGCCAACCUCGCAGUCGUAGUCGCAAUAGCUCUAUUUCCCGUAGUCGGAGUGACUCUGUUUCUCGUUCCGGCUGGUGCUAG